CGCUUCAAACUGUCCUCUCGCGAGACGGAGCACAGUUUCCCAGGCAGCAGUGUGGCGUGUGCGCGAUAGAGACAAGGGAAGAUGGCGACGCAGGAGAGCGAAGCAACUAUAGCUACCGCGAGCAACGGCGAGGUGAGCAGUAAUGGGACUACUGCAACAACAGAUGGCCAGGUUGUGCAGACGGCUGAAAAUGCACUGGAUCCUCAGCAGCCGCCGCCGCAACCACCACCUAAUGCAUGGCAGGUCAUUAAAGGAGUCCUCUUCAGAAUCUUCAUAAUCUGGGCGAUCAGUAGCUGGUUCCGUCGAGGGCCUUCAACUCCAGACCCCAACACCCCAGCCGGGGCACCCAGAGUACCCAGCAGGAACCUGUUCCCUAAGGACACCCUCAUGGACCUGUAUGUGUAUUUGUCCCCAGAGGAGGUGUUCUCAGACUUCAACAACACGGAAGCCCUGUUCUGGUUCCACAGGGACUUAGUCUACGGAGACUGGACCAUUGGCGAGAACGGGGAUGGCUGUUACGAGCACCAUAAGGAUAUGGAGAUCCCAGAGACAUUGCAGCUGAAUGGUUCCCUUUACAUGCACAUCUACUUCACUAAAAGUGGAUUCCACCCAGACCCAAAACGCAAGGGGCAAUAUCGCAGACUGGCAACAGUUCAUUCAACACGCAUGCUAAAUAAAUUCAAGCGAAGAAAGUUUAUGAAGACAAAGAAUCUGCUAACGGGCGAGACAGAAGCAGAUCCCGAAGUGAUCAAGCGAGCAGAGAGCCAUGGUCCAGUGGAGAUCAUCUCUCAUUGGCACCCCAACCUCACCAUUAACAUGGUGGAUGACCACACUGCCUGGGUUAAGGGCUCUGUUCCCCCUCCUCUUGACCAACAUGUUAAGUUUGAUGCGGUAAGUGGAGACUACUAUCCCAUUGUCUACUUCAAUGACUACUGGAACCUUCAGAAGGACUACUUUCCCAUCAACGAUACCCUGACAACACUCCCACUGCGCCUCGCCUACUGCCCACUUUCCUUGUGGCGUUGGCAGCUGUACGCUGCCCAAAAUGCACGUUCACCGUGGAACUUCCUACCUGAUGACACCUACGAGCAGUCUGAUGAAGACCAAGACUCUGUCAAGGUGGCUCUUUUGGAAACCAACCCGUAUCUGCUGGGAAUCACCAUUGUUGUCUCCAUUGUGCACAGCAUUUUCGAGUUUCUUGCCUUCAAGAAUGAUAUCCAGUUCUGGAACAGCAGACAGUCUCUCGAAGGCCUCUCUGUGCGAUCCAUCAUAUUUGGAGUCUUCCAGUCUCUAGUCGUGCUGUUGUACAUCCUGGACAACGAAACUAACUUUGUGGUGCAGGUCAGCGUCUUCAUCGGCCUUCUUAUUGACCUGUGGAAAAUCACAAAGGUCAUGGACGUCAAGUUGGACAGAGAGAACAAAAUUGCAGGGGUGUUGCCAAGAUUGGUAUUCAACGACAAGUCAACAUAUGUGCAGUCUUCAACCAAAAUCUACGACGAUAUGGCCUUCAAGUACCUGUCGUGGCUGCUCUACCCUUUGUUUGGCUGCUAUGCUGUCUACAGUCUAUUGUACGUAGAGCACAAAGGCUGGUACUCAUGGGUACUCAGCAUGCUCUAUGGCUUCUUGUUAACUUUUGGUUUCAUUACAAUGACGCCACAGCUAUUCAUCAACUACAAAAUGAAGUCUGUGGCCCACCUCCCAUGGAGGAUGCUCACCUACAAGGCUCUCAACACCUUUAUUGAUGACCUGUUUGCCUUUGUCAUCAAGAUGCCCAUGAUGUACAGGAUAGGAUGCCUCAGAGAUGACGUGGUGUUCUUCGUCUACCUUUACCAACGCUGGAUCUAUCGGGUUGAUCCCAACCGGUUCAACGAGUUUGGCACCAGUGGAGUGGAACGUGUCCCCGACGGCACGGAAGCGGCAGACGCUGCUCCUGCCACGGCGGCCAUCGCCGCCAUCACAGACAAACCAGAGGGGGAGAAGAAGAAUGAUUAGGCUAGACAACGCCUGUAUCGGCCUCCCUGGCACUUCUGGGGCGAAGAGGACUUGUCGAAAUUAGGCAGGGAGGGGAGUCGUUGUUAUGCUGUCAUGGACGCCGCUACAAAAAAAAAAUGCAGUUCAACUGUUCCCUAUGAUUUUUGUGUGGAUCCACAGAAAAUCAUAUUCAGUGUAGACUUGGUAAAUUCUUAUUUCUGUUCCCGACCCUCUCGUUUUGCAGUUCAAGUGAAGUAAAACAAAACGUGAUGUACUGUAUCUGUAUGUUUUUUCAGAGGGUAACAAUGUCUGACAGGGGAAGUCGUUGCAGUUAUACUACUUUUUUUUUUAAUACAGAGUAAAAAAAGAGGCUAUGUUUAGCUUUUUUUUUCCUACUUUGUGUAGAUUCCUUGUGAAUUUUUCUUUUCAUUCCAUGAGCAUCGUGUUUCGGAUUGCCUGGAACGUGGUGAGUAGUGCUGGAGGAAACUGGAAAGGUCCUGGAAAGGAGGUUAAAAAAAGAGAUGUGGUGACUGAUGGACGACCCUACAGGACGCUACCCACGAGACAGUGACUACUACCCUCAAUUUUAAGAUAAUUAAUGUUCCAAACUUGAACAUAAAAAAAUAACAGCCUUGCUGGUAUUAAUAUAAAUAUGUUAAUAUUGUCAAUGACUUAAUUUAGUUUUUCAGUCUAUGAAGCAUUUUUUUGUAUGUCCUCAAACUGCACAGAAUCUCAGCUUGUCAUGUUAAUAAUACUGUUGUCAAAUCUGUGUAGCAUUAGCUAAUUUGCAAGUCUAAUUUUAAUUUUACUCUCUCAACCAGAUGUCUGAUUUUCAAAUUGUUUAACAUUCACGCUCCAAAACCGAUCACCUUGACAGACAGUGGAGAGUCGGGUGUGUGCUGGAAGAAUUCCAGUGUGUCUCUUGUUUUUAUUUUGAGUGCUGUAAAUCCUGAAACAAAUAGGUUUCCAUGUUCGUACAUAUUAAAUUGAUUCACUCAUGUUUCUAGUAAAACUUAA